AUGCCUGUCCGGACUUUGUUCCCUGAGAGUUGGCUCUGGAGGAGGUUUACUCUGCCAAAAAGUGAUUCAGGCCUCUCUCACUACCACAUCUCUGUGAAUGUGCCAGACUCCAUCACCACAUGGCAAUUUGUGGCAGUCACCCUCAAGUGUGUUUUCCUGGCCAUAGGUCUCUGUGUCUCAGAUCCCUUUGAGCUGACUGUUAUGAAAUCGUUCUUUGUGGACCUUAAGUUGCCCUCCUCCAUGGUCAGGAAUGAUCAGGUCCAGAUCCAAGCUGUGCUGUACAAUUUCAGAGAUCGCCAGGUCAAGGUCCCAGUGGAAUUCCCUCACAAGGAGCCAUUGUGCAGUGCAUCGAAGCCGGGAGCCCCUUCCUGCCAGGCAGGGGGUCAGAUACAGAUAAUUUCUCAUAGCAUCCUCCUGGACCCCAAAGGUCAGACCCAAAUGGUGCUGGUACCAAGGCAGGACUUUAUAAACAAAGUGCUCAACACACAGGAGGAAGUGUUUGUCAGCGUCCAAGGCUACAUGCAGAUGCUGACACACUGGAGUACAGACAGCACCUACCACACCUCCAAGGGGAGCCCAGGAAGCACCUGGCUCACGAGCUACGUGUUCUGGGUCUUCACUCUGGCUUCCCCCACGAUGACGAGCAGUAAGCCUGACCUGUCCUCUCUCUGUGCCAUUGCCAACUGGAUCAUCACCCAGAGGUAGGCAGAGGAUGGGCACUUUUUAGAGAAGGGCCCUGUGGUCAUGACAUCCAUGCAGUGUGGCUACCAAGGCUCCGAGGCAGAUAUAUCUCUCACAGCUCUUGUCUUGAUCUCCCUGGAUAGGGGAAAGGAGUUUUGCAGCAAGAGUAACUUCAUUGCCAGCAUCAAUCGAGCCUGUGGCUUCCUGGAGAGAAAACUCCCUGACAUUCAGACAACCUUUGCCGUAGCCAUAGACUCCUAUGCACUGGCCCUCACCCACACCCCCUGAGUCAAUGACCAUCUGGACAGCUUUGCCAGCCACAGUGAGUACAAAACCCACUGGGAGGGGAAGGAGCUGGACGUCGACUCUCUGUACACCAUUGAGGCAACCGCCUACGUGCUGAUGCAGAAGCUGGAGCUGCGUCAUUAUGAAGAAACACACGCCAUCGCCAAAUGGCUCCUGGAGAAGAGGGAGCUCCGGAGAGGCUUCUCAUCCACUCAGACCACGAUGGUGGCCCUCAAAGCCCUGACCCACUUCCGUGAAGCUGUCCCCUUCGAGGGCGUCCAAGAUCUCCACUUCCAGAUCAGUGUGCCCAAGAGAACCUUGAACGUGGAGUGGCUAAUUGACCACAACAACGCCUAUCAGCAGCAGUCAGUAAAGAUCCUGACCACGUACCACAAGUCCCCAGAGUCUUGGGAGGACACCUGCAACCUGUACUACCUGAAUGUGACUCUCCAAAGCAUCCCAGAAGAAAAGAAAAAGAGAGAAGAGACCUUUCAGCUCCAGAUGGAAACCCAGUCAGGGAACCAGAGUCUUAAACAGGGUAAUCGAGAGGCCACAAUGACCAUCAUAGAAGUCUCCCUCCUCACUGGCUUUUACCCCAACCAGGAUGACCUCAAACAGCUCACAUGCAACGUGGAGAUGUACACCUUCCAGUAUGAGACCAAGACCAGUUCCAGCGACAGCACAGUUGUCCUCUACCUAGAGAAGCUCUCCCAUAAGGAAGACACAGUGCUGGGUUUCCGAGUCCACAGGAUGCUUCAAGCAGACUUUCUGCAGGCGGCCCAGGUCACCAUCUACGACUACGAGCCUUUGUACAAGGUCAGGCUAGAAUCUGCAGAGGUCUCAGCCUCCAACCCCUACAUCUACUACAACAUGCAGCUUCAAGCCAUCAUCAAGAGUGGUAUACCAGAGGUGACACGGGAGGGUUCAGGGGGCCCUUCCCUGGAGGUCCCAGUUUACACCUAUGUCCCCGGCAAGGAGACCUUCCUCAUGCUUUGGCCAUCAGAGAGAGAUGUGAGCAAGAAGGAAUCACUGGACCAGCUGGAGGGGUUUUCAGAAUAUAUGCGCACCCAUGGCUGUGAGUCCUGA